AGGCAGUUUCCAGCCCACCCCAGGUCCCUAAGGGGCUGAUGAGGCUUUCCCUGAUAAGGCACGUGGUGCGAUUUCCACGGGGAUCUGGAGCGCCUUGCAGAAAGCCAACCUGCCCUGGUUUCCAGGAACUCAUUUGCAUUUCAUUGCGUUGGUUCCCAGGCUAGGGGCGGGGGGAGGAGACAGGGGAGGAGGAAAAAGGAGAGUUUCGAAGCGGUGGGGGCUGCCGCUGCAAUAGGAAUGAGCGCGCGGGACCGGCUGGAGAAUGUCCUGGAGGAGCUGGAAGAGAUGGACUUCAAGAAAUUCAAAGUGAAGCUGAACCGGGCCCAGCCGCCCUCGGGCUGCAGCAACAUCCCCCGGGGUCGGCUGGAGCGGGCAGACUGUCUGGAUGUCUGCAGCCUGAUGAUCAGCUACUACCUGGAGACCGGGGCCAUACAGAUGGCCAAGCAGGUGCUGGAGGACAUCAACCAGAGGGAACUGGCUGCCAGGCUGGAGCGAGUGUAAGAGGGGAAUCUAAUAAAAAAGAAAACAUCCCAGACAACAAAAUGCACUUUCCCCUCUAAAGAGCUGCAAAUCCUGCCACACAGAGACAGCAAGAAAACUCAUGAUCCUGACACCCACCUAGGUCUCUCAGCACAUGCCCUUGGUCAACGAUGAAGGUCACAGAAGCAUCGCAGACACCUUUCUCUGCCACUCGUGCCUCGCUCCAAUUCCUGCCUCGGCGUCUUAUGGCUUUUGUCUUUCCCUGCUGAGGAUGACCACAGAUUUCUACCAUUCCUAUUUUUUAUCAAAUAAAGAGAUAUUUUUACAGUUGUUA